CUGUUAUAAAAAAUGUUUACUUAUGACCCAAAAGCUAGGAUUUCAGUGCAACAAGCAUUAGAGCACUGGUAUGCGGAUUCAGUCAAUUAGAAAUAUGAGGACAAAUUUGGUUUCUUUUUCUCAUAUUGUUUCUGUUCAGGAUGGUCCCACUGUCCUUUCUCCCCAACGAAAAUCAAGGAGACUAAUGGCAGCUCCUGAGAGGUUUGAAGGUAAUUCCAACCAAGAGGAGAAGAUCAAUGAGUGUGCUGGUGAAGUGGGACAGGCAGCUGGUGACAUUACAGGAAAGAAUGAACAAGUGACAAUGUCUGUAGAUUUUUCCAUCUUUGGCGCAAAACCACAGAGUAGAGCUACAAUUAACAGGUAA